UGAAAACAUGGGUGUCAAAUGAUGUUGGUAGAAUAAUGUUCCACGGAUCAACUUCAAACAAGCUUCCGAGGAGAAAUUGAUGUCCGGCCCACUGGGCCUGAAAUAAGGCCUAUGCUAACCCAAACGGCCCAUUACAAGUGGGCCUUAAGCCCUAAGACGGAAGUCAGGCCCACAAAGUAAGUCUGAUAGAAGGAAAUGAUGCCAAUGAUGCUGAAGGGCUUCACUAGCAAAAGCAGCCCAUAUUCAUAUUUUCAGACAAAAUAUCAGCCAUUGGUUGCCCAAGACCAAGAGCAAGCCAACACGAAUGCAAAUCCUGAAUAAACUGAUAAAUCACUUUAACCACUAAAAUUCUUCCUCUCCAAUCGUUUUCUUUCCCCUCUUCCUCUCUUAUCCAGAAAAACUUUCCUAAACUCUCUUCCAGCAGAAGGUCCCCCAAUUCCCACUCAUGGCACUUUCUUCUUUUUCCUCGCUAUCAGUCAAAUGCAUACCCAUUUCUUCUUCAUCUAAAUCAAAGCUUCCCAGUUCUCUGCAACCCAGAAAAACAAUUUCCAUAGUCUCUCACUCUCGACUAAACCCAGAAAAGACUCAAACUCAAGAUUGUUUGGAGAAGAAACACAUUGGUAAGAUUUCAGAGCCUAAGAGAUGGCAAAAGCUGGUAUCGACUGCUUUGGCUGCUGCUGCAGUCAUUAGUUUUAGCUCAGGCAUGCCUUCAAUUGCUGAACUCAACAAGUAUGAGGCUGAUACACGUGGUGAAUUUGGAAUUGGAUCUGCCGCUCAAUUUGGAUCUGCAGAUCUCAGGAAAGCAGUGCAUGUGAACGAAAAUUUCAGAAGAGCCAAUUUCACAUCUGCUGAUAUGAGGGAAUCAGAUUUCAGUGGUUGUACAUUCAAUGGCGCAUACCUUGAGAAAGCUGUUGCAUACAAAACAAAUUUCUCAGGCGCAGAUUUGAGUGACACAUUGAUGGAUCGAAUGGUUUUGAAUGAAGCAAAUUUGACCAAUGCGGUGCUGGUUCGAUCGGUGCUAACACGCAGUGAUCUAGGCGGGGCCAUUAUCGAAGGUGCCGACUUUAGCGACGCUGUCAUAGACCUUCCCCAGAAGCAGGCCCUUUGCAAGUAUGCAAGUGGGACGAAUCCGGUGACUGGGGUGAGCACGAGAGCAAGCCUAGGGUGCGGAAACAGCCGGAGAAACGCGUACGGAACGCCGUCGUCUCCGCUGCUGAGCGCACCGCCGCAGCAGCUGCUGGACCGCGACGGUUUCUGCGACCAAGGCACAGGUCUCUGUGAAGCCACUAAAUAAUUAAAAUCACAAUUAAUUCAUUAAUUAUUUAUUUGAAUCUCCCACAACUCACAACUCUCCAUCAAAUCUCUUUUGUACAAAUUAAUUAAAAUAACGCUUACGCUUCUACACUGCACCAAAUGUUUGAAUCGUCCAACAGCUACCGUUGGAACUUGUCAUCA